CGCGACAGGGGUCAUCUGGUGGUGGGCACUGGGCCGACGAGGCCUUGUGCGGGGAGGGAGGGAGGUCGGCGGGAGUUCGUACAGCCAUCGGCGAGUGGGCACGAUGCCGCGAAGUCAGUCCAGUGUGUUUGAGGAUGGGGGGGAGGAUGAGAAUCUGAAGGCGCAAAAGAAAUGCUACGUGUACAAGUACAUCCGCGUCGGGCAGAGUCUCGGCGAGAGAUUCCACGACAAUCGAAUGCUGAAGUGCGUUUUCUGCGGCCACGAGUUCCAAGGCAACCAGUUUGUGGCGGCGCGCCAUUUCCGCCAGGGCAAGGGAUGUCCUGAAGUGACCGACGAGGCACUUGUCGACAUCCACUACAACAACAAAGAGACCAUUGUCCACACGACGGACGAUGUGGGAGCUGAUCUUGCGGAGGUCAGGGCUCCUUUCUAUGUCACGGGGGCCACCAUUAUGUUGGACGGGAGGAAGUCACGCGAUGCUAGACCCAUCGUUAACUUUCUUGCCGGCGGGUCGCGUGGGGUGAUGCUCAUCCGGACGAUGAACAGGGAGGGUGAGCGGGAUCGCGUGCUUGAUGUGUUGGCGCGCUGGAUCAAGGUGUUCGAUGACUUCCCCCCAAAGUGGGUGAACGCCAUCUGCACCGACUCCGCCUCGGCGUACGUCGCCGCGGCGAACAUGCUCCAGGGGCCCAAGCAGAGGCCAGAGCAUCGACGGAUCACGUGGCUCCCAUGCGCAGUGCAUGUCUGCAACAAGAUGUUGUCAGACAUUGGCUGUUCGGGCGCGUGGUCCAAGGACAUCGUCGUGAGGGGGAAAGCGGUGGUGCGCUUCAUUAAGAAGCACGGCGCCGCUCUCCAUAUUUUCCGGGGGGAGAGCAGGCAGAUGGGCCUCAUUUAUCCUUGCGAGACACGUUUCGCAUCCGUGUUCGCGAUGGUGGAGCGUUUGCUGGCAGUGAGGUCAUCAUUGGAGAGGACGGUGGAUGGCGACACUUGGGGUAUGGUCCCUUGGGACCAUUCCGUUCGUCACUUGGCUAGGUGGGUGAGGUGGCAGGUGCGGCAUGGCAGCUGGUGGGAUUCCAUGACCAUCUUGUUCCGUGUCAUGGAGCCCGUGUAUGACCUGCUGCGCAAGUUGGAUCGUGGAGGGCUGCACAUGUCGCGGGUUGUUGAGUGGACACAGGAUCUGGCCCGCCAGGUAGCAGAGGAGGUUUGUGCACUUCCGGUCGAUCUUGCACACCACAUUGUGCAGAGGGUGCAGGCCCGAUGCGCCCACAUGUUGGAGCCGGCGCACGCCGCUGCUCACCUUCUUUGUCCCAGCCGCCGGGACUUGCGGUACUUCGAGGGCGUUGUCAGCGACUACGACGCCAGUUUGGUGAGGGAGGCGGAGACUUACAUCUUGUCGCAGACAGGGUUCGGUGUGUCGAGCCCUGACUACGAGACCGCAUGUGCGCAGCUUCACGACUUCCACACACGGAGGGGGACGAUUGCUUGGGGGGGGAGGGACGGAGACAGAGAUGCACAAAGGUGCAUGGGCAAUGCGGAGACGUACGAGUCCGGGUGUUGGUGGUUGAGUGAUUCUGAGGGUGAUGAGGACGAGCUGGCGGGCCCCGCUACCGCCGGUCCUGUGGCGGAUGAGCGUGAUGCGUGGAGCGACCCAGAGGACGUCCGGAGACGAAGUGGCGGAGAUGACCUUUUCGUUGGAGUUGACUUGGAGGAGUCGUCCGGGGGUCGUCACGAGAGCCCUCCACAGCGUCAGAGAACUAUGUCCGCUGACCCGCGGUCCUUGGAGCGGGAGAGAGAUCCUGGGUUUGCACCUUCGAGGGGGGCAGAGUCGGGGAUUGGCCAUCGUCCUGCGCGUGUUCGUACUGGUACGGCAUCAUCCACCGCUCUUCCCACUUCGACGAAGCAGCUUCGUCGACAACCAGUCGGGGAUGAUCGAUUGCACAGAUUGGUGAGGGGCCCUAGACAGCGAUUGCCGGACAGAUUAGAGGUCGGUUCUUCACCGGUGCAGGGGGACGACGGAGAUAGACAGAGGUUGGCUCGUAGAGAUGGUGGUGCGUCGGCCGGAGGUGGAGGCGGUGCAGAGGUUGCUGCGGCGGUUGAGGCGCACGAGAUUUGGAGUGCCGGGGAUGAGCGGAUACCGAUGACGGGGGGCGGAGCCGGUUUCAGUGAGUUUGGUGACUUGGGUAUGCCCCCGGGAGAGAGCGUGGGUCUGGCCCGAGGAGAGAGCGAGUCCCGUGGGGACAUCAGUGUGGGUAUGCAGGAGUUCUUGGGACAGAUCAGCUUAGCGGACCCGAGUAGUUUCUCCCCUGCCAUGUGAGCAGAGGUGAUGUCGGGGGCAGAGGGGGAUGAGGACCGGACACCCCCUGGAGAGACAUCUGCAGAGAGGCUGGAUAGGCUUGAUAGUCGUCGAGCUGGCCUCAUGGCGCA